GCGACAGAGAACCCACGUCCAUGCUCUGACUCGACGUAGUGUUCCCUCUGCGUUCACAGAGAGAUUCUUCAGCAGUGAGUGUUCAAGCUGAGCUGGAGAACGGUGUUUGGUGAAGGCAGUCUGCCUCUCGGAAAAGCGCGGCUCAAACUUUUCAACGCUGCGAUCUUCGACUUCCACAAAGCUUUCUCUUUAUGAAACUUUUUAAAUUAUUUAUUGAAGCGGGAUACAUUUUAAUGAACAACUGUGGUAAAUAUAUUAACUGUCAUGGAGCGACGUGGGUUUUCCUUACUUUGCUGGGGCACGAUACCUUUCCUGUUUAUAUCCGUUCUGGAACCGAGCGGAGUCGACGGGAUGUUCCAGCCGUCCUUCAGUCUCAACAAGUUGUGUAAGUUCUGUGACGUGGAGUCUUCAUCCUGCAACGGAACAGGAAGCUGCCUCUCCAACUGCUCCAUCACCUCCAUCUGUCGUCUGGAGCAGGAAGUCUGCAUAGCCAUCUGGAGGAAGAAUGACAGUAACUACAGCGUCGAGACUCUGUGUCAUGACCCCUCCAAGCCUCUGUACGGCGUCGAGCUGGAUGACUACAACAGCUCUACGUGUUCCAUGAAAGAGAAGAAGAGCUCUGGAGGACCGUUGUUCAUCUGCUCCUGUACUGAGGAGGAGUGUAACGAUAACCUGGCCUUCGCUCCCGUGGUUGGUCCGACCAUCGAGCCCCCGGUGGUAUCAAUCGUCCUGAUCAGCCUGUUGCCCUUACUGGUCCUAGUGGUAGUAGUCAUCACUAUGUUCUAUUGGUACCGAGUCCAACGCCAUCGCAAACUCAGCCAGGAACAGUGGGACAGCAAGAAGUCCAAACGCAAGGGCAAAGGUCUGGACUGCAGCAUUAUGAUGGACGACGAUGGAUCAGACAGCAGCUCAACGCAUGCCAACAACCUCAACCACAACACUGAACCCCUACCCAUCGAGCUGGACCUGCAGGUGGGUAAGGGGCGCUUCGCUGAGGUGUUCAAGGCCAAGCUGAGGCAGCCCGGCUCCUCAUCGGACCAGUAUGAGACGGUGGCCGUGAAGAUCUUCCCUGAGGAAGAGUACGCAUCGUGGAAGAACGAGAAGGACAUCUUCUCUGACAUCAACCUUCGCCACGACAACGUCCUCCACUUCCUCACAGCAGAGGAGAGAAAGAUGUCGAAGCAGUACUGGCUGAUCACAGCCUUCCACCCCCGAGGAAACCUUCAGGAGUACCUGACCCGUAACCUGGUCUCCUGGGAGGAUCUACGGGGUCUGGGCUGGUCCCUGGCCUGCGGGGUGGCACACCUUCACAGUGACCACACGGCCUGCGGGCGGCCCAAGGUGCCCAUCGUACACCGCGACCUGAAGAGCUCUAACAUCCUGGUGAAGCAGGAUCUCACCUGUUGUCUGUGUGACUUUGGACUGGGGCUCAGACUGGAUAACACCAUGACAGUGGAUGAUCUAGCUAACAGCGGACAG